CUCAUGGGUCAUCCGCGCCUUUUCACGCGCUCGUUGAUCAUUUACAAAACGUAAUUAGUGUAGCAGAGUGAAAGGUUGGGCUAAACCUUACCGAACUGGAUUAACCAAAUGGAACUCAGUUUCAUUAAUAGUGCUACUUUUAAGUUUGUGGGUCUGACUUUGAGUGUUUUUCGAAGAAUGGCAAGAUGUAUACGCGGAGUUAAGCGGGGGGGCGCCCUGUCAUGGCUGUUGACCGCCUUGGCCCUAAGCUUCGUGCUGAUGGUUAGCUGGAGGAACAGCAAUAUGUAUCACAUCACCACCGCUCACGCUCCCCUGGACCUCGAGACUUUUCACCGGUUCAAUGUGGACUGCUCAUCAAUAUACGAUAUGGACCCAGUGGAAGUGGGGAGAGCUUUAACAUUAAGGAAACUAGUUGUAGAGGAAAUGGAUGACGGUCUCGUCAAUCUCACUUCGAAUUGCGAAUUCUUCCUCAAGUCUAGAGGCUAUAAUGAUGUAUGCUUGUCACAGGAGGAGAAAAACUUCCCAUUGGCUUAUUCAUUAGUUGUCCAUAAAGGCGCAUGGAUGGUGGAGAGACUUAUAAAAGCAUUAUAUUCUUCUAACAAUAUUUACUGUAUUCACUACGAUGAGAAGUCUUCAGAUGAGUUCCGUUCAGCAAUGGAAGGUUUGGCCCAGUGUUUGCCAAAUGUUAUGAUUGCUUCAAAAAGAGAAUCCGUGUUUUAUGCCAGCAUUACCAGAUUAAAGGCAGAUUUGCAUUGUAUGUCAGACCUUUUGAAGUCAAAGGUUAAAUGGAAGUACAUUAUCAACCUUUGUGGACAGGAUUUCCCCCUCAGAUCCAAUAUAGAAUUAGUGACUGAACUAACCAAAUUAAAAGGUGCUAACAUGUUAGAGACUUGCAGGCCUACUACAUAUAAAAGUGAAAGAUAUAAGUAUCAACAUGAAAUUCGAGAUGUCAACUAUGAAUACAAAAAAAUACCUGUCAGAACAAACAGAGAGAAGAAACCACCACCUCAUGGGAUUGAAAUGUUUACUGGCAACGCUUACUUUGUCCUGUCAAGGGAAUUUGUGGAGUAUAUGCAAUCCUCUGAAGUGGUCAAAGAUUUUUUGGCAUGGUCUGAAGACACUUACUCCCCAGACGAACAUUUCUGGGCAACCCUUGUGCGUUUGCCUGGUGUACCAGGAGAGGUUCCCCGGUCACAGCCAGAUGUCACUGACCUGAUGAGUAAGACGAGGUUGGUCAAGUGGUCCUACCUGGAAGACCAUUUGUACCCGCACUGCACUGGUGACCACAGACGUGGUGUGUGCAUCUAUGGUGUGGGGGAAAUGCGCUGGCUACUCAACUAUGGUCACUGGUUUGCUAACAAAUUUGACCCCAAAAUAGACCCUGUUAUUAUUCAGUGCCUCGAGGAGUAUCUAGAGAAAAAGCAAACGUUACUUCGGUCUCUUGCUUCAUCUGUGUGCUAUUGAGAAAGGGUUUGUUCAGUUGGUUACCUUUAUUUAUUUGAUUUUUAAAACAUAGUUAUUGGUGAAAAUGAGUGGAGAGAUGUACCUAUCUGUUUUUUUUCUAAAGAGCAAAUGCUUUGGUGCAUUGUCUCAAAUGAAGUCAUACAAUUCUUUGCUGUUCAUUUGAUUUUGUCAGUCUGUUCAAAAUGCAUUAUAGUGAAUCUCAGCUAUUUAGAUGAACCAUUCAAAACAUUUAAGUAUAAGCUCUAUUCAUGCUUACCGGAAGAUGUUGGAAACAUGUGGUUGGUGACUUCUGGUGUAGUUACCAACACUGGGCCUGUGAUAAAACCAAGGAUACAGCAGCAGCAGCCUUCAUAACAUGCCAAAGCUUUCCAUGACUCUAAAUCUCGUCUUCGAACCUAUUAUCUCAUUGUUUAGCACCAUAGCCACCAAAAUGAUUAAACCGAUUUUUCAGACUUAAAUUAGAUUAUUAGAUAUACAAUGGCAAAAUAUGCAUAAGUGCAUAAAACAAAUAGGCCUAUUUAGGUUGAUACAGAUAAAUAAAUAUACACAGUGGGCGUAUACAGUGAGGUGAAGUUCUCUAUUCCUCCAGACUGUUGAUUGAGGUAUUGGUGAAAGGCAAAAACACAUUU